AUGCAAAUGCAGUUGUUGAAGAUCAAAACUUUACGAUCGACUACUCUCCGAACGAUUCGUUUCGAGUCACCUUCGAAGGGAAAGUGCUCCCAGAUUUCUUCGAGCUGUACAAGCUCAGACUACCGUGCUUUGAAACGGGUGUACCCUGAGCUUUUCAGCAAUAAGCUCGGGCUUUGCACAAAAACAAAAAUUGUGCUGUCUUUGAAGGAUGCAAGCAAACCUGUUUUCCGACCCAGGAGACCUGUAGCAUACGCAAUGCAAGCUAUAGUUGACGAAGAGCUUGACCGUUUGGAACGAUUGAAUAUUAUUUCACCUGUGCAGUACUCAGAGUGGGCUGCACCGACAGUUGUUGUACGAAAGGCAAACGGCACUAUCCGUAUAUGCGGUGAUUACUCAACUGGGCUCAAUGAUCAGCUUCAGUCACAUCAGUACCCGCUACCGUUGCCGCAGGACAUUUUCUCAAAAUUAGUAGGUUGUACUGUCUUCAGCCAAAUUGAUUUAUCCGAUGCAUUCUUGCAGAUGGAGGUAGAUGAGGAAUGUCGGAAGUUGUUAACCAUCAACACGCACCGGGGACUGUAUCAAUACAAUAGGCUCCCUCCUGGCGUGAAGGCGGCUCCAGGCGCGUUCCAGCAGAUGAUCGACACUAUGCUGGCCGGUCUAUCGAAUACGUCGGGAUAUUUAGAUGACGUGAUUGUUGGUGGUAGAGAUGAAAACGAACAUUCACGUAACUUGCACGCAGUACUGCACCGAAUUCAAGAGUACGGAUUCACUAUUCGCCUAGAAAAGUGUGCAUUCGGACAGCAUAAAAUCCGAUACCUAGGGCAUAUGCUAGAUCGCCAAGGCCUUCGGCCAGAUCCAGAUAAGAUCCAAGCUAUUAAAGAUAUGCCUGCUCCCAAGGACCUCACAGGUGUUCGCUCUUUCCUUGGAGCAUUGAACUAUUACGGUAAGUUCGUGCCGAAUAUGAGAACACUGCGCUACCCUUUGAAUGAACUUUUAAAAUCCAGCACAUCUACAUUCAAGUGGACACCAGCAUGCCAGAGUGCAUUUGAAAAAUUUAAAGCAAUUUUGUCGUCAGAGCUCUUACUGACACACUACGAUCCGAUGCAGGAGAUAGUUGUUUCGGCUGAUGCUUCGUCGAUCGGUGUUGGAGCAACAAUUAGCCAUAAGUUGCAGAUGGCCAAAUGA